AUGGCCUCAGCGAGCUUUGCAACUAAACUCCAGAAAUAUCAAUACGCACCUAUGAGUGGCUCACCCAGGAUUGAGAAAUGCGCACUUACUGAGCCAUCGAACAAAGCAACAGAAGGAACAUCUCUUUCGGAGUUUGAUUUGGUAUCUCCCAAAGCACCAGAAUCCGAUAUUGCGAAGCCCGUUCACCUGCCAUGCUUCCUCCUCGACACGCAUUCGGCAAAUAAGGAUUUCUGCGGCCGUGAAGAUAUCUUGGAACGUCUCGCAACCGAACUCUUGCCCGCGGAGAACACGGUGACAGCAUCAAGCACCCCUCCAAAGCAAUUCGCACUCUGUGGAUUGGGGGGGAUUGGAAAGACGGAAAUAGCCCGCGAGUUUGCCCGACGUCACCAAAGUUCCUUUGAUGCGGUAUUCUGGGUCGUGGCGGAUGAUAUUGCGAAACUUGACCAUCAUUACCAGCAGAUUUCGCUAGCACUAGGACUUGAAGAUCCAUCCGAGUGCAAGAGUCAGGUUGUCAGCAGGGAACUUGUGAAAGGAUGGCUUUCCAAUCCGCGAAAGCAUAUACCAGAGUCGGAUGAUUCUGUUCAGCCGGGCGAAGCUAGUGCAGAAGCAACCUGGCUGCUUAUAUUCGACAACGCAGAUGAUCCAACGAUCCUGACGGACUACUGGCCGCAAGGGAAUGGAUCGAUUCUUGUCACCAGCCGCGACCCAUCGAGUAAGGGCUUGUUCACGAGAAGACCUUCAGGUCUGGAUCUCGGUUCACUUUCACAGAAAGACAGCUUAUCCCUCUUCAAUCAUCUCAUUACUAUUUCUAGCGAGCCAGAGGCUGAUACAGCGCGGCAAAUUUCCGAUGCACUUGGUGGCAUUCCUUUGGCCAUUUCCCAGAUAGCAGGUAUCAUCCGUCGAAAAGACCUCACCCUGUCAGAGUUUCUCGAGCUGUACACGGGUCACGAGGAACGUUCCAGUCUUUAUGAGACAAAGCUCGAAACCAAUUCCGUCACAUAUGGUCACUCUCUUUCCACUGUGUGGGCAUUUGGGGGACUCAAGCCUGAAACUCAACAGGUUUUGGAAUUGAUUUCGUUUCUCGACCCAGAUGUUAUUGGAGAAGACCUGUUAGAAGCGUCGGUGGAGCUGCUCUCCAAUGACGCACCAUUCAAGAAAAAUCACUAUGUUGAGGCUCGAAAUGAUCUCUUGCAGUCAUCUCUAGUCCAAAGAAAUAUUCAAAAGCAGCAGAUAUCGGUCCAUCGCAUCGUACAAGAUGUGAUACUGGCAACAAUGGAUGCUGGGAGGAAACGGUACUUGUUUGACCGAGUGGUGAGGAUCCUGUGGGCAGACUGGCCAUCGGCUAUGCCUAAGCCAUCAAAGGAGCCAGAGCUACCCCAGCCCACGUCCUCUGGAAAUAGGUUACAUGUUGGAAGAUGGCCUACUUGUGCAGCGAUCUACCCCCAUGUUCUGAGGAUACAUCAGCUGUGGCCAGCUAUAUCGAAUUCCCCAGAGGCUACCCAAUUGCUUUUCGCAAAGCUACUCACAGAUGCAGCAUGGUAUCAAAAAGAGCGUGGACGAACAAGGCAAUUCGACGGCUUCUUCGAAACUGCUCGCAGUAUCUGCGAGUCCUCGACACAUCCAGACCGAGAUUCCCUGCUUGCAGACAUCCACUUCUGCCUAGGCUCUAUAGCCAUGGAUACAAGCGAUUUCGAUACAAGCCGCGUCCACAAGGAGCGUUCUUUCCAUUUAGUUUCCCAAAUCUGCAAAGAGCUGGGAACUGCAGAUGACAGAUUAUACCUCGCCUACGCAGAGCGAGGGAUCUCACGAAUCCAGGACAGACGGUAUGAGGAAGGGGAGGCCGAUCUCAAGGAGGCACUACGAAUACGUAAAGCUCUCGGUAAUUAUAUUCCUCGGUCAGGCGAGGCUAAUCUAAGCUGGGCCCUGCUUUUGCAGGGCAAGCUUGAAGAAUGCAACACACUUCUUCUGGACAGUCUGGCGGGUAGAGAGAAGGCCCUGGGAAAGAAUGAUAGGGAAGAUGUGCGGACGGGACUGAUUCUAUAUGCACUCGGUAACCUCCGUGCUGCGCAGAACCAGUGGGAUGAGAGCUUUCAAUAUCACCAGAGAGCGUGGCAUCACAUGCGCGAAACGGUGGGUGAGAGGGACUUUUACACUGCAAAUAUCACCCACAAGAUUGCCGAGCACCUAAUACGCUCUGGCCACAACGAGGAGGCGAUGCUUAGGAUCAAUGACGCUCUGGAGAUUUGGUCGGUUGAUCCGGAUGCGCAUAAGAACGAGAUUGCUCGCACUACUUUUCUCAAGGGAAAUUUGCUGGCGACGAUGGGCAAGAUGGAGGAAGCGUCUAUUGCCUUUAGAGUUGCUUGUCGCUUGAGGAAGGAGAUCACCAAGGAGGAUCGAGAUUUGAAGAGCUUGACUACGAAAGACUUCGAUGACAUCGUUGCUUUUUGGGCCCGUUAA